UGGUUUGGUGUUUGGUAGUGUAAGGGUAUAAUCAACCAGAAAAAAAAAGAUGAAUUCAAAUUUCAUUAUUUUAGUUUUUUUCAUCAUUCAAACAACAAAAUCAACGAAUCCAAAUGAUAAUGGUGAACAACAACAACAGCAACAGCAGAAUCGUACAACAUUCAUAAUCAAAAAUGAAACCACAUUCGAUCGAUUCAGUCUUGCAUACGGGCUAUUAUUGGAUACAAAUUGUGAAACUGAUGAUGAUUGUAUUAUAAAAAAUUCUAUAUGUAAUACAAAUACAAAACGUUGUGAUUGUGAUUAUAAUGCUAUUCAUAGUGAUAAUCGUUGUCGUACAUUACAAUGUCAUAAAACACAAGAUUGUUCCGAACAUUUUGGCAAUACAAUUUGUGUAUUUGGUACUUGUCGUUGUCGUUGGGGUUUAAAAGCAAAUGGAAAAUGUGUUGAUAUUGAUGUUCCGGUAAUUGGUUCACAAUCAUUACCGGAUUGGGCAAUAUCAUUGAUAGCAAUUGUAGCAUUAUUAUCCGGAAUUUGGGGUGGACGUAGUCCAUUUGUAUCACAAUUAUCCAGACAAUUAUUAUCGAUACUAGUAUUGGUUAUUGGAAGAUUUGCAACAAAUCAACAACAACAACAACAACAAAAUCCGCAACAACCAUCAUCAUCAUUAUUGAUUGAUGAAUUACAAUCGGCAAUGAUACAAAUGAAUAAUCAACGAAAUUCGUCGAUCAACAAUGAUGAAAAUGAUCAACAACAACAACAACAACGAAAACCAAAAUUAUCAUCAGCAAACAUAUUGGAUGAAUUAGUAUCAUUAGCAAAACAAUCAAAUCAAUUUCAAGAACAACAACAACAACAACAACAACUACAACAAACCGAACAAUAAUAAUUACCAAAUUUGAACACAGGUUGAAAUUCUGGUGAAAUGAAAUGAUGACACAUUUUGGAAUU